CCGAUUCCCAAACGGAGCCCACCCCCAUUUGCCUGAUCCCCGAGGGCGGAGGCGGCAGCGGAAAGGCAAAGAGAGGAGCGGCGAUGGUAUAAUAGUAGAUUUCAAACUGAAACUGAGCACCGAAGAGAGAGAUAUAGAGAGAGAGAGAUAGAGGGAAGGGGGAAGAGAGAAAUCGGGGAGGAAGGACAUUGGGAGCAGGCGGCUAUUGCGGCCGCCGUCUUCCUGAUUCGGGCCCCCUCCCCGGAUCGCUCCAGAUUCGCAGGAUUUGGGGAUCGUGCGCGUCUGCGGCGUUUCGCCAUCAGAUUCGGAGGAAAAACGAAAUCAAGGUGAAGGGGCAAGUUUCUGCAACUUAAAUAACGAGAGUGAAUAUGUCUGACAUCAAUUUUGAUGAGAUUCUUGAGGUUCCUGACACUCCUGACCAACAUCAGUCAAAAUACCAUGUUUCCAGCUCUAUUGUUGGGAGGGAUUAUACAAUGGCAGCUGCUAAUCCAUCACCACGGCGCAAACUUAGAAUUAGAUUCAAGAACAAUUCCCUGGAUGGUUCAUCAAGUCAGAAUAAUGCUUGUAGUGUAUUGCCUGCAGCUUCAGAUAUUGAUCAUAUUUUCAAACAAGCUAAAGCAGCACAGGUUCUGGAACUGUCAAAAGAUUAUAAUGCAAAAUUUUCCCUAAAGAAAUCUGACAGGACAGGGAUAUCUGUUGACAAUGAAAAGAGGGCUGAAAAACAUGGCUUGGAUCAGAGCAGAAGCAUUUCGAACAACAUAAGUUGUAGUGUGACGGUAGGAAGGAACCCUACCUUCCAAGUUAAAGAUGGAGAGGUUGUUCAGCAAGAUGCAGGUCAUCAGAAUGCAAACUUUCUUGGCAUAGGAUCAGGUCUUCCUACUAUCCCAGUGGGAAAACCAGGAAACAGGACAUGCACUAGCACUACGAAAGGUGUAACAGGUGCUGAUGUUUGUCUAGGAUCAAGUUCUGGAGAGGUCAAAGGGGAAGUGAUCACUGACAAGGUCAUUACAGGACCUACAAGCCCUCUGUGUGUUGUUCCUCGAAGGCAUGUUGGCCAAAAAAGGCUGGUCCACAAUGGAUGUAUUUCUCCCUCUAACAUAGCCAAGACAAAUGUAAAAGUGGAUGCAAAACGGGAAAUGUGCUCUUCAAGUGAACAUUUGCACCAUCCACAUCCUCAGCUUGAUGCAUUUGACAGAAGCAGUGUGAUUGACCUCACUGAUAAUUCACCAAUAAUGACAAGGCAGAGAUCUAAAGUGAACAAUAAAUUUAUCCCUGGACACAAUAUGGACACAAGGGCCACAAAAAAACUGAGAACAGAGACAACUGGCAGGACUUCGGUUCCACUGUCCAAAUAUCAUGCAAACAGCAGCAAUUGUUCUGAAGCUAAUUUAUCAGGCCACAACAACAAAGGAAAAGGAAUUAGCAUUGAUAUCUUGGAUAGUGAUCAGAUUGGAGAAGCUGACUUGAGGGGGGUUGAUCUUAGUACUGCUGGAACUUGUGUAAACAAAAACAGUUCUGAUAUAAACACAGAGCAAGGUUGGAGAACAACACACAACCACACAAGUAAAUUACCCAUUUCGUUUAUGGGUAACACAACUACUAGUUCCAGACGAGAACCUGGAUCUUCCACGCGAUCUAAUCAAAACCAUGGAUCUGCUGGAGGCAAUCAUACCUCAGUUAGUGGAGCAACCAUGAUGGUUCCUGAUAGGUUGGGGAAUAAAACAAUAAUGAAUCAUAAAGGAUGGAGAAAAGAAACCUCAACUUCUUGUCAUACUGGUGAAAGCUCUAGUGCUGUUGACGAACCUAGAGGUUCUCUUCAAUCAUCAAAAAUAUCAGCCGGCAGAAAUCAUACCAGUCAUCAGCAUAAUAUUCCUGUAAUAACCAUAGAUGACAUAUCCCCUGAAGCUAGACCUAGUUCGAGUGGAUUCACUAAUGGAACCUCUGUUGAUCCUAACAUAGAAGCACAAUUGGAGUCGGAUGAGUUAUUGGCUCGCCAACUCCAGGAGCAACUUUACAAUGAAUCUCCUCGUUUUGCCCCAACAGAAGAGAUUGAUGCAAUCGUAGCAAUGUCACUUCAACAUGAAGAAGAUGCACAUCGGACAUCUAGGCCUGUAAGGAGGUUCCAAAACAAUAUUAGAGAUGCCCGGGCUGCUCGUUCGAGUUCUUAUCGAAAUGCUCUUAGGGCUCGAUUGGCGACAGCAGACGAUAUGAUUUCCCGUCUGCGGAAUACUGCUCCAAGAACACUGGGAUUGGGAGCUGCUUUAGCAAGAUAUUCUGGUGCUUUGCACAUUCAACCAAACAUUGACUUAAAUGACUAUGACGCACUGCUUGCACUGGAUGAAAAUAACCACCAGCACACUGGUGCUUCAGAAAGCCAGAUCAAUAAUUUGCCGCAGUCAGUAGUUCAGUCCAAUAGCAUUGAAGAUCCAUGUUCUGUCUGCCUUGAAAAUCCUUCUGUGGGAGAUACUAUCCGCCAUCUGCCAUGCUUUCACAAGUUCCAUAAAGAGUGUAUUGACGAGUGGCUUAAAAGAAAGAAACUGUGCCCAGUCUGCAAGUUUGGGAUUAAUUGAAGUUUGCCAUGUCUACAAGUUGGAGUUCUACUUGGUAGUGGUAGCGACUGAGACGCUGCAAUUUCUCGUACUGGAUGCUUCCCUGCCGAAUUUUUUUUUUUUUUGUCCAAGAUAAAAUAAUUUGUUGCUGUGAUCAGUGCUUUUGGGCAUCAUUUUGUAUGUGCGCUUUUUUUGCUAAUUUUGUUGUCACAUGAUCCACCAAUUGGCAUGAAAUGGUUAACCAGCAUCUUGUGAAUCAUAUAUGUCGUUGCAUAUAUUUGGAGAAAAGGGGAAAGUGAAGCUCU